AUGAUUUCGUUGCGAAAUGUGAGCAAAGAUUUCGGCGCCGGAAGAGGUGUUAAACACAUGUCUUUGGAUAUAUUGAGUCAACAAAUCACUUGUCUGUUGGGACACAACGGCGCCGGAAAGACCACAACAAUGAAUAUGAUUACCGGUAUAUAUCCUCCCUCUUCGGGCAAAAUACUGGUCAACGGUUACGACGUGUCGACCGCCACUCGUGAGGCCCGAAAGAGUAUCGGCUAUUGUCCACAGGAAAACAUACUUUUCAACGACUUGUCUGUUGAACAACACCUCCAACUCUACGCUGUUCUGAAGGACAUCCCGAGCGAUAAGAUUGUGUCUGAAAUCACUCGAGUGCUGACAAUAAUCCGAUUGAGCGACAAAAGGCAUUGGAAGAGUUCACUUCUCUCCGGAGGUAUGAAACGGAAGCUAAGUCUAGGAAUCGCUAUCAUCGGCACCACAGAAGUCCUGAUACUGGAUGAGCCGACCUCUGGUAUGGAUCCUGAGGCCCGUCGAGCCAUUUGGGAUGUCUUACAACACGUCCGCAGAGAGAAGACUAUACUUCUGACCACUCAUUACAUGGAAGAGGCGGACGUAUUGGGCGACAGAAUAGCGAUUAUGUCUGAAGGAGUGCUCAAGUGUUGCGGUUCUCCGAUAUUUCUGAAGAAGCGAUUCGGCGCCGGAUAUCACCUCAGAAUCGCAAAGACAGACAAUUAUAGCAAACAAUUGGUUGACACGACUCCCCAGAAGUAUUUGCCGGACAGUCGUCUUCAAAGUGAAAUCAAUACUGAAGUGAUUUAUUCACUCGAAUCCGACGACAACUCGAAAGAGACGGACAAAAAUAUAUUCCCGAAACUCUUUGACGAACUCGAGAGCCGUAAACAAGAGCUCGGAUUCAACUCAUUUGGCAUAACUGUGACCACAAUGGAAGACGUGUUUCUCAAAGUCGGUUCUCAUGAAGAGGUGGACAACGGAAAGAAGGCUUCGCAGGAGAAGAUAGAAAGACAGUACAUGAAUGAAGACGGCUUUAAACUGAUCCAAAUGUCAGUAUUGGGUCUUCUGGUGAAGCGUUUUCAUUACAGUCGCAGACAUUGGGCGAUGUUGUUGUUCCAGAUCGUCAUUCCGGGCGUACUCUUCAUACUUGUUAUUCUGGCCGACAAUAGCGUCAGAUCUGCGACCACUCAGAAAUCUAAGUCAAUUACACUCGAUCUCCAGGAACUAUACGGCCGUACGAUUGGAUUCUACUACAACUUGGACCCAAACACUCACGACUUCGGCGCCAAUCACUACAUACCGAACGCCGAGAGACACGGCGUGACCGCAAACCUAUUGCCCAACAAUAAUUAUCCACCGGAUUGGCUGCUGGAAAAGAGUCGCGAUUUUGAGCAAUACGUGUUGAAGUAUGUGUUGGGCGGCGCCGUCAGCAACACUUCCGGUACUCUCAACCCUCAGAUAUGGUUUAACUACGAGUCCACUCAUUCACUCCCGUUAUCUGUAAACUUGAUGUAUGAGUCACUCGUUCGCCAAUUGGUGUUCAAACUUAAGAACUUCACGAUUACCACAAUCUUAGAACCGCUCAAAAGGCUGGUCGCCGGCAGCGGUACGUCUGAAGAAUAUUACAAUUCUUUGUCCAUCANACUCUUAAUGCCGAUUAUGUUACCAUUUUUGACCGCCUCUUACAUCAUAUACCCCAUCAUUGAGAGGGCCUCGAAGUCCAAAGCCCUGCAACUGAUGACUGGUCUGUCUUCGGCCGUGUAUUGGCUGUCAAACUACUUGUUUGAUAUAUUGAACCACUUGUUAGCGAUCACACUAUUAUCACUUGUAAUCUAUAUGUUUGACGUAAACGAAGCGUUUUUCAAGGGCUGGCAGUCGGGCACCGCUUUCUUCCUAUUGUUACUGGCAUUUGGUUUGUCGUCGAUAUCCAUAGCCUAUUGUCUCUCCUUUUGGUUCAACUCAUCGCCAAUCGGUUUUUCAUUAUUACUGGUGUUUAAUCUGUUGUUUGGUUUCAUUGUAAAUGCCAUUUACUCGGGCUAUAACAUGAACUCAUACUUAAAACCGAACGAAACACCAGAGGAGGGUUUAUUAUGGAUUAUACACGCGUUCCGAUUGAUACCCAUAUUCUCGAUAAACUAUGGCUUCACAAAGAUAUAUAUAAUUAAUGUGAGCAAACAGUUGUGCGCCAAAGUAUUGGAUGCCAUUAAAGCGUCGUACGGCAGCUCUUUGCCGCCAAACUUUCCCACCGAAUGGCCCGACCCGUGGCCGCCAUAUUUACCGAAACCCGCGGGUUAUAGCAAUAUGACAGCGUGUAAACACUUGAAUCCGUGGACUAUGAAUCCGGCGGGCAUUGGCCGCGAACUAAUCGGUCUGAUAUUGUCGGCGCUGUUAUUCAUAAUCGUGUUAUUGAUUAUCGAAGAAAAUUUUUGCCUAAUUAAUCGCCGAAAGAAUUACUCCCCGAAUCUCCAUCUCGUGGCCAAUGAUAGUCAAGACGCGGAUGUGUUGGCCGAACGACAGCGCGUGGAUCAGCUCAUGAAGAGCCCGGAGCUAAGGGCACAGGAGGGCAUUGUUGUGGUGAAUCUGUGUAAGAGUUUCGGCAACUUUCAAGCUGUAGAUCACCUGACAUUCGGCGUCCAUAAGAACGAGUGCUUCGGUCUGUUGGGAGUGAACGGCGCCGGAAAGACCACAACGUUUUCAAUGCUCACCGGAGAGCUGUUCCCCAACGACGGCAACGCUUACAUCGAUUCCGUCGAUUUGGUUCACCAGCCGAAGCCUUUCGGUCGUCGUAUCGGCUAUUGUCCACAAUUUGACGCACUUCUGGAUCGACUGACCGGCGAAGAGAUGCUCUACUUAUUCGCUCGAUUGCGGGGAAUACCCGCCGAACACACGGACGCCGCGGUCACAGCAGUCAUACACGCCAUUGAUCUCCAGCUUCACUGCAAACACACGACAAAGAACUACAGCGGAGGUAAUAAACGUAAACUAUCGCUGGGU